AUGCGGGCUUCCCUUCCAAGCUCCCCCUCCCGCCGUGGCCGAAGCCGCGGCCUCGACGCUGACGACGCCCGCUCGCGCCGCAACGAGAACAAGAUCGAGCUCCGCAAGGCAAAGAAGGACGAGACGCUCGCCAAGAGACGCUUUGCUCAGCCCGCCGAUGCCGCAGCCGAGGAGCCCACUGACCCCGCAGCCGCCGCAGCUGACGCGGUCGCCAACGCCUGCUGCCGGCGGAGGCUCCACAGCAAAACCGCCGGGAAGGCAGUGACUCAAAGAGGCGGUGGACUGUCGGCUGCGAGGACGGUCGCAUUUGCGCGAGGCGAGGCGAGCAUUGCUGCGCGUUGCAUGCGCCAUGCCUCGCGCCAGCGCGUGCGGGAGCUCCUGGCUUAG